AUGAGAAGUAUCUAAUAAGCAAAUUAAGGACAAGCACCAAUAGGAAUUAAAGUAUGAUUAUUAUUUAAAUUGCUUAGUAAAUUGAUACUCAGAUAUAAAAAGUAAAAUCAGAAUUGAAAGUUGAACAAUCAUAAGCAUUGGAGCGAACAAUGAGAGAGGCAAAAAUUAAUAAAGAUACCAACUAAGUUUUAAGUUAAAGAGUUGAAAAAUUGUAGGAGGAAAAAGAGAAAUAUAAAAAAUAUGCUGAUGAAAUUUUAAAGAAAACAGAGGGACCAGGAAUCCAUAGAUCUUCAAUUCACAGCAGUAAAUCUUAAAAAAUUGAUAAUGACAAAUUAAGUCAAGAUUAGAUCAAACAACGAGAUGUACUUGCUUUAGAACUUGAAAUGAAUUAAAAAGAGAAGUAAUAUUAGGCUGAUAUUGAAAAUCUGAAAAUGGAAAAUAAAUAAUUAACAAAUGAUCUCAAAUAAGCUUGGAAUGAAAUUGAUCAAAAAGAUAAAUAAUUAGAACAACUUUAAGCUUAAAAUUCUCUUUUAUUAAAUGAUAAAUUAGAUCUUUAGAAAAAAUUGAUGGAGGAAAAGUCAAUCCAGAAAAAAUAGUAAUCACCCUAAAAAAUAAUAGAACCAUAAAACAAUUUAAAUAAUGAAAAGUAUAAAGCUUAUAUUAUUUAGCUUUGCUCUAAUUGAAAACUUAAAAAAGUAAAUUAAUGAAUUGUAAGAAGAAAUAAGUGAAUAUGAUGAAACAAUUAAUUCUCAUCAACAAGAAAUAUCUGAGUGGAAAAAUAAGUAUUCCUAACUCUAAAAGAAUAAAGAUGAAGUUGAUAAUUAUUAUGCAAGUAACUAAUAAAAUAAAUAACCUUAGUUGCUUAUAAUAAAAUUGAGAAUCUUUUAGAAUUAAAAGAAGAAAUGGAAAAUUAAAGAAAGGAAGAUUAAAAUAAAAUAAAUGAAUUAGAAGCAAGCAUAAUAGUUUUAAGGAACAAUUUCAAUGAACUUGAUAUUGAAAAUAAAAGACUUCAAGAUUAAAUUGAUACUAUUUAAAAAAGCAAUUAAGAUUUGAGAGCUGAAAAUAUAAAAUUAUUUGAAUAAUUGGCUUCAAAGCCAUUAGAAGUAAACUUAAAUCUAUAAAAUGAUUUGAUUGAAUUAUGUAAUGCUCCUAACAAUGGAUAAGAUGAAUUCAACUCAUAAUUCAAUAAAUUAAGUGAAGAUUUUUCUAAUUUGAAAGCUAAAUACACCGAAGUUUUGGAAUAAAAGGAAACUUUGGAUGAUGAAAAUAAUAAAAAAGCCAAAGAAAAUUCACUUUUAAAUGAAACUAUUAAAAAAUUAGAAAAUAAAAUUAAAUCUUAAGAUGCUGAUAUUUAAGAUUGGAUGAAUAAAUAUAAUUCAAAAAACAUUGAACUCAAUUCCAUUUUAGAAUUAGAAAAUAGUGAUAAAAAGAAAAUUGAAGAAUUAGAAUUACAUAUUAAGGAUUAGGAAAUUAAAAUUAAUGAUUUAGAAAUAGCUUUAAAAUAUUCACAAAAAGACUCAACACCAAGAUCUAAAGAUAAUACAUAGAAAUUAAGAGAAUUAGAGGAUAAAUUAAAGCAAGCCAAUGUAUAAAUUAAUGAUUUGAAAAAAGAAAAUCAAUCUCUAUUAGAAUAAUAAAAUAAUUAGGAAAAUGAAAACUUAAAAUAAAUCGUAUAGGAAUUAGAGGACAAAAAUAAUAUAUUGACACUAGAGAAUAAUAAAUUAUUAUCAUAGUUAUAAGAUGCAGAGAAAAAGACAUAAGAUUAAGAGUAAAUAAUCAAAUAGUAAAAACAUUAAUCAGAAUAAUUAUCAUAAUAAUUAUUAUUAUUAUAAUAACAAUAACAAUAAUCACAAUAACAAUAAUAACAAUAACAAUAAUAACAAUAAAAUUCAACACCAAAAAUAAAUCAAAAUGAAAUUAAUUAAGAAUAAGAGGCUUUAAUUAAAGGAUUAAAUUAAGAUAAUGUUUCAUUACUAGCAAAAAAUUCUUAAUUAAUUUAAGAGUUGCAUUAAAUAAAGAAUCAGAAUAGUAAGAAUAUAAGAAGUAAAUUUAUUUUAGUAGGAAAAUUGUUGUAAUUAGAAAAAUAAACAUCAGAUCAGGAAGAAAAACUUAAAAAGCAAAAAGCUAUUAUUAAUGAAUUAUUAGAAAAUUAAAAAAAUGAAAAAUAAAAUUCGACUGAUCCAAUUCCUUAAAUAAAUGAGCAAUUACAUAAAGAACCAGAUGAAAAUGAAUUAGAAAAUCAAUAAAAUAUUAAGGAGGAUUUAGUGAAAUAAAAAUAACAAAAUUAAAAAUUAUUAGGCAAAAUUUUCAGAAUAUUGACCUAACAAAAAUAAAAAGAUUCAAUAAUUUAAGAAUUAGAAAAAAAAAUUGAGAAAUAAAAGGCAAUAAAUUAAGAAUUAAUCGAAAAUUAAAAGAAUUAAGAAUAAAAAAUUAAUGAAGAAGAAAAAGAACAAAAAGAAGAUGAAAAACCUAUAAAUGAAUAGCCUUAAAUAUAGGAUAAUUAAUAAGAAUUGAACAAUGAAGUUUAAAAGUUUAAGAAUAAAAACUAAAAAUUAUUAUCAAAAAUUUUUAGAAUCAUGACAUAAUUAAAAACUAAAGAAAAUGAAUUAUAAAAUUUAAAUGAAAGGCUUAAAAAAUAACAGGCUAUAAUUGAAGCUAUUUCUACUGAGCCUAUUUAGGAAGAAGUUCAAUAACCUGAAUAAGAAUAAGUAAUAGUAGAGAACUACAAUAAUGAUAAAUAAAUAGCUAUUGAUGUUGAAGAAAAAAAUGUUGACUAUGAUUAAAUAAAAAUAAAAAAUUAAAAUUAAAGACUAUAAGGAAAAUUAUUUAGAUCUAUGUUUUUAAUCAAUAAAAAAAAUAAUUAAAUAGAGGAAUUAAUUCAGAGAAUUCAGAAGCAAAAAGCAUAAAUAUUGGAAUUAAAUGAUUAGAUACACACUAAUAAUAUAAAUAAAGAUGAAAAAAUUGAAAAAGAUUGUGAGUAGACUUUUAAUUUAUAAAAUCAUUAAUCAGAACCUCAAUAAGAUAUUAAUUAAAAUGAAAUUGAAAAGUAGAAUGAAGUCUUAAGAAAUCAAAAAAUUAAUAAGAUGGCUGCUAAAUUAUUUAUGAUCAUGAGUAAAUAUAAUAAAUAAAAUAAAUUGAUUGAAAAUUUAAAUGAAAGACUAUCAAAGUAUAAAGCUAUAAUUGAAACAUAUAGUCAAGAUUAUCAAUAACCUUAAGAUGAAAAUAUUAAUCCUGUUGAUGUAGAAUUUGAAGAUGUUAAACCUGCAGCAGAAUAAUAAAGGGAAUUUUAAAAUUUUAAUGAGUAAGAAAAUGUUAGACUUAAGAACUAAAAUAACAAAUUAUUAGUCAAAUUAUUCAGAGUUAAGAGUGGAUUGAACAAAAAAAAUAAUUAAAUUUUAAUGCUUGAAUAACGAUUAGCCAAAUCUAAAGCUAUUAUAGAUGAAUUAACAUAAGAAUAAGCUCCCAAUAUAGAUGUUUAAGAAUAAUCCAAAAUUCCAAACAAAGAUAAUGAAAAUAUAUCAUCAAAUUGUGAACCAAAAGAAUAAUAUAUAAAUCAUCAAAAUGAAGCUUAGCUUUAGAAAUAAAAAUAUAAUAAAUUGCUUGCAAAGUUAUUCAAAAUUUUGAGUCAAUAAAAGAAGAAAGAUAAUGAAUUAAUUUAAUUGAAUGAAAGAAUAAGUAAAUUAAAAGCUGUUAAUGAUGAAUUAAUGUUAGAAAAAACUUCUGAUUCUUAAAUAAAGUUUGAACCUGAGUUAUAACAUUAGGAAAUUAGCCUCCAAGCUGUUUCUGAAAUGGAUCCAGAAAAAUAAUUAGAGAUAUUCAAUAGUAAUGAUAUCCUAAAGAUUAAGAACUAAAAUACUAAAGCUUUAUCUAAAUUAUUUAGGGCAUUAUUUUUGUUAUAAAAAUAAAUCAAAGAAAAUAAAUAACUAAAUGAGAGAUUAGUGAAAUAAAAUGCAAUAAUCGAUGAAUUUUCAAAAAUUGAAAAUAGCUCUCAUUAAUUAAAAUAAAAAAACUGCAAACUUUUAGCCAAACUAUUUAUUCUUACAAGCAAUUUAAAUAUGUCAAAUAAGGCAAAUGAAGAUUUAUAAAGAAAAUUAUAACAAAAAAAUGCUUAAUUACAAUAAUUAGUUGAAAACUUGUAAGAAGAUGAAAAAAAUUCUAAGCAAGAUUUGUUGCAACAAUAAACAGAGCCAUAAGAGGAACAAUAAAACGAAAAUGAAAUUCAUUAAAAAAAAUUAGAAAUUCAAAGAUUAGAGAUUUAAAAUAAGAAAUAUCUUGCCAAAAUAUUUAAAUUACUUUGUCAAAUGUUUUAGAAGGAUAGAGAGAAUGAUUAAUUAUUAAAAAGAUUAUCAAAGCAAAAAGCAAUAGUGUAAGAUCUUAUAGAUAAUUAAAAUUAUUAUGAAUAAACUGAAAUGGGAGUUGAAAAUAUUGAAACUUAGUAAGGUGAAAUUGACACCAUUAAUUAAAAAAAUUUAUAGAAAUUGUAAUAAACAAAUACAAAAUUAUUGGCAAAAUAAUUCAAACUUUUUUUCACUAUUAAAAAAUUGUAAAAUUAAUAUGAAAAUUCUUAAUAGAGAUUGUAAAAAUAAAAAGAAAUAAACCUUUAAAAUUAAAUGAAGAUUGAAGAACAAGAAACUAAUUUAGAAUAGCUUAAAUUAUCAAAUUAAGUUUUAAAGGAUUAAAUAUAGUAAUAAGAAUUAUUUAAUCCUUGUAGUAAUUCAAGUGAAAAAUAAGGUAUUGAAACUAAUUAAGGAGAUUACUAUAAAUUAAAAUAUAAUAAUCUAUUAGAAGAACACCUACAUUUAUUAAAUGUUGGAGAUUUAAUUAAUGAAUAAGAAAAACAAUUAAGAAAAGAAUUCUAAUAAUAACUAGAUGAAGAAAGACUAAAAGCCAAAGAUUUAUUUAACAAUUUAUUAAAUGAACAUUUGAAAUUACAAGAUCAAUGUGACAAAGCAAUAGAUGCUUUGAAUUCAGCAAAUUAAAAUUAAGAAAAUUAAGUUGAUAAAAGUUAACUUGAAACAAUCAAAAACAAAUUCAAUUCAUUAUUAUCUGAACAUUUAGCCUUAGAAGAACUUAAUGAUGGAUUAAAUAAAAAGUAGGAUGAUAUCAAGAGAGAACAUGAAAAAUAAUUAGAUGAAGAAAUUUAAAAAUAAAAAGAAAAAUAUAACAAAUUAUUAAACAAAUAUCUACUCUUAGAAAUGGAAAAGGAUGGUAUUUUAUAAGAGCAAAGUCCUAAAUUAGAAAAUUAAUUAGAUUUAGAAAAAGAUGAUGAUGUAAUUGAGAAAAAGUAAGAUAAUUCUAAUGUAGACUAAAAUAUAGAGAAAGAAAACGAAUAAGAAAAAUAAUCAAAUAAUAAUUCUUAAAAUGAAGAAUAAAUUCAUGGUCUUUUACAAUAAGUAAAUUAUUUAGAAAAUGAAAAUUCAUAAUUGAAACAUGAAAUUGAUCAUUUGAAAUCCAUAUUAGAUAAGUCAUUAAAACAAGAAUAAUAGAAUGUAGAAUAAACAUAACCUAAUAUAGAACCUUAAAAUUCAGAGCCCUAAAAAAUAGACACUAAUUCUGAAGAUUAUUAUAAAAAUAAAUUUAAUAAUCUAUUAGAAGAACACCUACAUUUAUUAAAUGUGGGAGAUUUAAUUAAUGAAUAAGAAAAACAAUUAAGAAAAGAAUUCUAAUAAUAACUAGAUGAAGAAAGACUAAAAGCCAAAGAUUUAUUUAACAAUUUAUUAAAUGAACAUUUGAAAUUACAAGAUCAAUGUGACAAAGCAAUAGAUGCUUUGAAUUCAGCAAAUUAAAAUUAAGAAAAUUAAGUUGAUAAAAGUUAACUUGAAACAAUCAAAAACAAAUUCAAUUCAUUAUUAUCUGAACAUUUAGCCUUAGAAGAACUUAAUGAUGGAUUAAAUAAAAAGUAGGAGGAUAUCAAGAAAGAACAUGAAAAACAAUUAGAUGAAGAAAUUUAAAAAUAAAAAGAAAAAUAUAACAAAUUAUUAAACAAAUAUCUACUCUUAGAAAUGGAAAAGGAUGGUAUUUUAUAAGAGCAAAGUCCUAAAUUAGAAAAUUAAUUAGAUUUAGAAAAAGAUGAUGAUGUAAUUGAGAAAAAGUAAGAUAAUUCUAAUGUAGACUAAAAUAUAGAGAAAGAAAACGAAUAAGAAAAAUAAUCAAAUAAUAAUUCUUAAAAUGAAGAAUAAAUUCAUGGUCUUUUACAAUAAGUAAAUUAUUUAGAAAAUGAAAAUUCAUAAUUGAAACAUGAAAUUGAUCAUUUGAAAUCCAUAUUAGAUAAGUCAUUAAAACAAGAAUAAUAGAAUGUAGAAUAAACAUAACCUAAUAUAGAACCUUAAAAUUCAGAGCCCUAAAAAAUAGACACUAAUUCUGAAGAUUAUUAUAAAAAUAAAUUUAAUAAUCUAUUAGAAGAACACCUACAUUUAUUAAAUGUGGGAGAUUUAAUUAAUGAAUAAGAAAAACAAUUAAGAAAAGAAUUCUAAUAAUAACUAGAUGAAGAAAGACUAAAAGCCAAAGAUUUAUUUAACAAUUUAUUAAAUGAACAUUUGAAAUUACAAGAUCAAUGUGACAAAGCAAUAGAUGCUUUGAAUUCAGCAAAUUAAAAUUAAGAAAAUUAAGUUGAUAAAAGUUAACUUGAAACAAUCAAAAACAAAUUCAAUUCAUUAUUAUCUGAACAUUUAGCCUUAGAAGAACUUAAUGAUGGAUUAAAUAAAAAGUAGGAGGAUAUCAAGAAAGAACAUGAAAAACAAUUAGAUGAAGAAAUUUAAAAAUAAAAAGAAAAAUAUAACAAAUUAUUAAACAAAUAUCUACUCUUAGAAAUGGAAAAGGAUGGUAUUUUAUAAGAGCAAAGUCCUAAAUUAGAAAAUUAAUUAGAUUUAGAAAAAGAUGAUGAUGUAAUUGAGAAAAAGUAACAAUAAGUGCCUAACAUUAAUCAAGAUGAUUAAUAAAUCAACCUUUAUGGAGGUUAAGGUGAUGAUCAUCCACACCACUAAGAAGAAAUUUAAAAUUAUAAAUAAUAAUUAUCUGAACUGCAAUAAUAAAUAUUACAAUUAAAUGAAGAAAAGGAUUAGCUUCAAAAAUAAAAUACAUAUAUAUCUGAGCAAUUAAAUUAGAUUUAGCAUUAAUCCAUUUUACAAACUUCGGAAAAAACAGAUUAAUUACUUUAAAGUAAAGAUUAACUACAAAAUUAAAUGGAUUAAUAGUCCUCAGAAAGAUUUAAUAAAGAAAAUGAUAUUAUUGAAAAAUAAGGAUUAGAAAUAGCUCAGUAAAGGUAGGAAUUAUUGGCAGCAUAAGAAUAGUUAAGAACCUAAUCACAAUUUAUAACAAAACUUGAGAAAGAUAAGGAAUUUUUAGAAAAUGAAUGUAAUUAAUUAAAAGGAUAAAUCGAUGAUCUUUAAUCGAAGCUAGAUAAUUAGGAGUAAAAGUUUAAUGAAAAAACUAAUCACUUUAUUCAAACUAUGGAAUAAUUAUUGAAAGAAAAUUAAGAUGAUUUUGAAGAAAACAAAUAAUUAGUUCUCUUAAAUCAAGCCACUCAACCUGUUAUAUAAAUUCUCAAAAAACUUUAACAUGAUUAGGAAUUAAAACAAUCUAGAAAAUAGAGUUAGGAACUUUAAUCUAACUAAGAAAAUUUAAAAGAAAUCAUUUAUCUCAAACACUAAGUUCAAACACUGGAAGAUAGUAAGCAGUAAUAUAGUGACGGAAUUAGCGAUCUAAAUAGAAGAUUAAGAGAUUUAUUUAACAAAAAUUCUACCUUAUAAACUUAAAUACAGUAAUUAAACUAAUAAAGGUAUUUAUCUAGUAAUAUUUAGUAAUUAAAUGAACUGA